CGUAUCUCAUCGAUCACUAGUUGCCCCUAUAAUAUAUGCUCCUAUUAUUUUCCAUUUCGGAUAUUAAAUAAUAAAAAUACUUUCCGCAUAGUUUUCGAUUGAUACAGUGCAUUGCUUCACUCGCCUCACACCUUCACCUGCUAGAUCAAGUUUUCAUUUCCUUAACAUUAUUUCUCUCUCUCUCUCACUCACUCGUACACACACACUCCAUGUAACCCACCUCUUAUCCAUAUUCAUUCAUUCUUCUUCCUCACACAUCCUCAUCCAUUUUCUUUGCUCAAAAUUACUUAACCAAAUAUAUAUAGCCUUAAUUCUACUCCAAAACCGGUAAUUGAUCGAUGGAGGAGGAGUCGGGGGAAAAUUGGCCUUGUGAUUCUUAUUUGGAAGUGGGUGAUGACGUCAACGAGUUCAGUUUUGAUGAUGAAGAAUUUGGCUUUGGUGGUGGUGAUGAUGAGGGAGAUUCUUUUUCUGAGACCAUAGAUCCCAAGAUGACCGACACAAAGAAGAGACAACAAGAACUCACUAAGAGGUUUCUUGCACUUUCAGCCACCAUACCUGGCUUCAAAAAGAUGGACAAGACUUCCAUUCUGGACAAAGCUAGCAGCUACGUUAGACAGCUUGAGCAACGUGUGAGAGAGUUAGAGCAAGAAGUUCAAUCCAACAUUUGCAGCAAUAACAAUGGUUCCACCACCUCUAAUGAAGUGAAUUCUAACUACCAUUACAGUGAAGCAAAUGAAAUUUCCCCCGAAGUCAAAGUAAGAGUGUUACAGAAGGACGUACUCAUCAUAAUCCACUGUGAGAAACAAAAGGGCAUCAUGCUCAAAGUUCUCUCAUACCUUGAAAAUAUUAAUCUCUCUGUAGUCAACAGCAGCGUCUUGCGCUUUGGAAAAUCCACUCUCGACAUCACCAUCACUGCUCAGAUGGGUGAUGGAUACAAGAUGUCAGUGGAUGAACUAGUGAAGACCUUGAGAGUAGCAAUCUUGACUCAGUAGUCUGUGCUAAUUUACGUGCGAAACAAGUGCAUGCAUGAAGUACAAAUUGUAAUUCUGUUUGAAGAAGUGCUAAACACUCUUUGCACAUUCUUUUAAACACACUUGUUUUUUUUUUUGUUUUUUUUUUUUUUUUUUUGUUUUUUUUUAUUUUUUUUUUUCUGAUGGAGUGAAAUUCAUGUAAGUUACACCAAACAUGUAGGGGUCAUGGGUUCCAUACUUCCAUCCCUAAAUUAGUACAACUCACAUGAAGUCUAUCCGGUAAGAAAAAAUAUAUUAGAAAGAGUGUUAAAAAUG